ACAAAAAAACAACAAAGCAAAACAAACUCAAAUUCAGAUGUGGAUUUGGAAGGCCUAUGCACUUUUCUCAAUAUCUUCGAAAAUUGCCGCAACAUUGGAAGAAACAACAACGAAUCAGUUAGUAUCUGCAAGGGAACGAUUAUCUGUGUCUAGUCCAACGUAUUGUCACAACUCUAUAUAGAUUAACGGUAGCUUGUAAGGCAGACGCUCUUGAUGAAUAUUGGGCAGGAAAAGCAUACGCAUCAGUCGCAUCAGUCGCAGCAGUCGCACACGCAUCCGCAUCCGCAUCCGCAUCCGCAUUCGCAUACACAUCCGCAACAGCAGGCGCUUGUCAAUCGCAGCCGCCACACAGAUCCUCAUAGUGGUUCGGGUGCUGUUGCUGCUGGAGCCGCUCCAUCUGACUAUCCAGCCUUGCUGCUUGGCUAUCGCUAUCCGCUGCCGCCCGGCCAUGAUCAUCGACUGCACAUCGAGCACCUGCGGCGCUCCGCUGCGGAGCGGCAAGUGAGGAGUCCCAACGGCUGUCCCAUGGUUAUGACACCCAGUCGACGCAGCUCGCCGCCGCCGUUGCCGCUGCCGUUGCCGACGCGCCAUGCACUGAGCGCUGGCUCCGUUGGCCCAGCAGCCCAGCCGACCCAAUCCCAGUCCCAGUCCCAGGCUCAAGCUCAGGCCCAGGCCCAUGCACAGACGCCGUCCCAGACGCAGUGCAUGAACGCUCACUUUUUGCACUUCCAGUCGCAGCUGCAUCAGAAGCUAUCCGCCAGCUACUUUCGCAACCCGCCCUCGCCAUCGCCAACGGAACGAGAACGGGAACGCGAUCGGGACCGGGACCGAUCGGGCUCUGGGUCUGGCCCAUCGCCGCCAGCGACGAGCAUGAGCACAGCGCAUCUGAAUCCGUUGAGCGAUCUGCAGAAUAUGCAGCCCUUUGACUUUCGCAAAAUCAACUCGUUCGGUGCGCCGCCGAAUGCCACGGACUUCGUGCACCACCAGCACCAGCAGGCCGUGCACCUGCAGCAGCAGGCGGCGGUGCUGGCGCAGGCGCGCCGUCGCAUCAACGAGGCAACCACAGCCGGUGAGAAAAACGCUGCGGUUGCAGCGGCUGCGGCAGCUGCUGCUGCUGCCGCCCAGAGCAAUCAGUUCUUUAGCGCAAUGGCCAUGGCCGGGCAUCCGUUGCCGUAUCACUUGCCCCCACCGCCACCCCCACCUCCGCCACCGCCGCAACAGCAGCAACAGCAGCAGCUGCAGCAACAGCAGCAGCAGCAGCAGCAGUCGAACAACAACCAGGUGUCGUUGGCCGGCAGCGUCGCCGAACAUAGUCACGGCCUUGGGCCGCACUCGCCAAAUCACGCACAGGUGAAUCACAGUCACAGCCACAGUCACGGACACGGUCACGGUCACGGUCACGGUCACGGUCAUGGUCACGGUCACGGCCACAGUCACAGCCACAGCCAGUAUCACCAGCACUCGCAUGCGCAUCAUCACAAGACCGGACAGCCCACAUCGCCGGAGGAUUCGAGCAUCAGCAAAUCUCGUCAUUUGGCCGCCGCCGUUGCUGGGGACAAGUCGAACAGCAGCUGCUCCUCGUCAAGUGCCUCGGGCACACAGCCAGCGAGUGGAUCGCAGCGCAUGACACGCUUGGCACUGGCCUCCGGAUCUGGUGCCGGCUCGAAUAUGCGCGCCAGCCGCAAGUCGGGCCACUCGCCCGGCAGCAAACGUCAGUGGGGCUCGAUGCCGGCCAAUCUGGGCACGCAGUUCAUCAAUCCGGUGACCGGCAAGAAGCGCGUCCAGUGCAAUGUCUGCCUGAAGACCUUCUGUGACAAGGGCGCGCUCAAGAUUCACUUUUCGGCCGUGCAUCUGCGCGAGAUGCACAAGUGCACGGUGGAUGGCUGCAGCAUGAUGUUCAGCUCGAGGCGUUCGCGCAAUCGUCACAGCGCCAAUCCGAAUCCCAAGCUUCAUUCGCCGCACUUGCGUCGCAAGAUCUCGCCGCACGACGGACGCAGCGCCCAGCCACAUCCGCUGCUGCUGCAGGCACCGAAUGGCAUCAUGGCGGGGCUGGGUCCGUUUGGCAGCUUCCCGCUGCUGACGCCGCCGCCUGAUCUGCGACACCAUGCAAUGGGCGGCAUGGAGCUCAAGCACGGCCAGGAAUAUCUGCGGCGAUCCUACUUGGAUAGCAACGGCAUGCUCGGCCGCUACGAGGGACAGCGUCGCAAGACGGCGCUCGAGCCGGGCGAUGAGGAUGAUGACGAUGAUGAGAUACUUGAGGUGGGCAUACACAUGCCCGAUGACGACGAUGACGAUGACGACGUCGAUGGUGACGGCGAGGGCGACGAUGACGACGAUGAUCCCGAUGGAGAUGGCAUCGUUGUGGUCGGAGACGAACUGGACAGCAUUCCCGAUAAGGACAAGCACAGCCACGACGAUUAUAUGCUGGACAAUGACAACGAGAGCGACGAGCGCUCCACCUCGGCCAUCUCCAGCCACAGCCUCAGUCACAGUCACAGUCACAGUCACAGUCACAAUCUCAGUCACAGUCACAGUCACAAUCUCAACUCGUCGCACGCCCUCGGCCAGACGCCGGCGAGCAAACGUAAGCGCAAGAGCCAAAAUCCGGUGCGCUGCACCGUGCAAUCGGAUGAGAACUCUUGCGACAAUUCACUGGAUAACUAUGACGUGGCCGCCGAUUUAUCCAUCAAGAAGAUUAAGCUCAACGAUGACGAGUUCGAUGCAGUGGCGGCAGCUGCAGCAGCCGCCGCCGCAGCAGCAGCAGCAACAGCAGCAACCGCAAUAGCAACGGAUGCGCCAUUGAACGCCCAGCUGGACGCAACAGCCAAAGAAGCCGAGGUGUUAACCGGCUCCACAGAGUCCACCAAGGCGAUACCCUCGCCCCCGCUAACGCCCUACACCAGCGAGGCCAAGGCGCACAUUAAAAUGGAACUGGAGGACGACGAGCAGGAGGAGCAGGAGGUGGCUCAGCCCAAAGGAGCUCAACGACCGGACGUGGCAACAGCAAGGAGCGCAUACUCCCAGCAAGAGGAGGCAGUUGGCACGCUGGAUCUGUCGCUGAGCACGGCCAGUGGUUCGAUUAUCAAGCAGGAGCCGCUGGAUGAGCUGGCUCUAACCUAUGGCGCGGAUGCGGACGAGAAUCGCUAUAUGCGCAUCAAGCAGGAGCUCCUGGGCGACGAUGAGCCCAGCUUUGUUCGGAGUGCGGUCGAGGAUUGCUUGAGCAAGAGCAGCAACAACAACAACAACAUAUUGACUGAGAACCUGACGAACAAGGGCGGCGACUCCAAUGGCAGCAUCAAGGCGGAAGCCGAACGUGAGCCAGAACAGGAACACGAGCCAGAACCGGGCCUAGAGCCGGAGCCGGAGCCGGAGCCGGAGCCCGAACCGGAGCCCGAACCUGAGCCCGAACCGGAGGUGCCCAUCGACAAGGAGAAUCCAUUGAAAUGCACCGCCUGCGGUGACAUCUUUCAGAACCACUUCCACCUGAAGACCCACUACCAAAGCGUCCAUCUGAAGCUCCAUCACAAAUGCAACAUCGACGGCUGCAAUGCGGCGUUCCCCUCGAAGCGGAGUCGCGACCGCCACAGCUCGAACCUUAACUUGCAUCGCAAGCUGCUCUCCACCAGCGAUGAGCACAAUCUGCUGCUGCCGCCCGAUCCACUGCUGGAGCUGAUGAGCAUCAACAAUAACAAGGCGUUCGGCAAUGCUGGUGUCGCUGCUGGCGGCCCGGUUACCGCUGCUGGCGGCAUGCCCAGCAGCAUUCACGCCGAGAUUUUGGCACGCAUCUGCGCUGGCGCCCAUGGGCUAAGCAUGCCGCUCUGCUUUGAGGCACUGCAGCAUCGUUUUCACGCUGGCCACGGCCAGGUGCCGGUCGGAUUUGGCGAUCCGAAUGCCAAUGUCAAUGCGAAUCCGAAUGCCUUCGUAUCGGCAACCGAUCCACGUCUGCUUCUAAACCACGCCAGUAAUCCGCUGCUCUUCCCCGGCCUGCGACUGCCGCGCUUCCCCCACUUGACGCCCCAUAUGCUGGCGGGUGCCAGCGCUCUGAGUCCAUUCUGCCGUCGCACCUCUUCCGAUUCCAAUUCCCAGCACUCGAUAACACCGCCCGUUGGUGCACGCGGCUGCGAUAGCGUUUCGCUGUUGGGUUUGCGUCCGCGCUCCGGCUCCGGUUCCGGAUCGCCCGAAUACGAUGCUCAGGCGAACCAUACGCAUGCGCACACGCACAUGCACAUGCAGGCGGCCGGAGAGGAGGCCGGUCAGAGCCAGCGGCAGUCGCCAGAUCGCAUAUCAUGACCAUGUACCUCGUACUAUGCCAAGGCGCUGGCAUUUUAUCACUGAAGGAUCGUCGUCGGACAACCACAAUUCAUUCAUGCAAUAUCAGGCUAAAACUUAGGACUACACAGCAUUGCUCAUAAUCAUAAUCGAUCAAUCGAUAGGUCGAUAGCUCGAUAGGUCGAUAGGUCGAUAGGUCGACUUAUCGAUCAGAGAAGAAGGACGAAGCAUACGCAAUCCAAACUGCAGCUUGGCUCGCCGGCGCUCAUUAUAAACAAUACUUUUACUAGGCUAAUAUAAAAUAUUAGAU